UAUAAACUUGGCAGCUGCUCAUGCACUUACAACUGUCAUAACUAUGGCAAUUGUUGCCCCGAUUACAACAGCCAUUGCUCAAUAGCUACAACUGAAGAGACAGCUACAACAGCUCCCUCCUGCAGGUAUAACUGUGGAUACCACCCUGGCAGCUGCUCAUGCACCUACUACUGUCAUUAUUAUGGCAACUGUUGCCCUGACUAUGACAACUACUGCUCAUCCACAGUUGAACCUACAGUAACCUUGGAGGAAACAACAGAAGCAAAAACAACAGCAGGUCCCUCCUGCAUGUAUAACUGUGGAUACCAUUUAGGCAGCUGCUCAUGCAACUACGACUGUCAGUACUAUGGCAACUGUUGCUCUGACUUUCACUGGUAUUGCCCAUCAUACACAACAACAGAUCCUCACCCACAGUGUGGAGGCCACCUGUAUGGUUCUGGACUGUUUUCCAGUCCAAAUUACCCCAACUAUUACCAUGACAAUGCCUACUGUGUGUGGUAUCUCUCUGCUCAGCAAGGACAGAGGAUCUUCCUGACAUUUGCUGAUGUGCAAUUGGAGCGCUGCUGUAACUGUGACUACAUCACAGUAUAUGACGGCUCUUCCACUGGUCAUUCACAGCUGGGAAAGGUCUGCUUCAAUGACACCACACACCAGGUGUUUCACUCUUCUUCACGAUACUUGACUGUUGUCUUCAGGAGCGACUACUCUGGUGUCAGCCAUGGUUUUAAGGCCCUUUUCACAAGCUCUCUGACUGAAGAUCAAGGUCGAGUGGAUUGUUCCUCUGACAACAUGGUCAUUGUCAUUCAGAGGUCUUACCUGAACUCACUCGGACUGAGUGAAAAUGACCUUUAUGUGGACGACCAUCAUUGCAGACCCACUGUUAGCAGUACUGAAGUUAUGUUCAGAUUCCCUCUCGACAUAUGUGGGACCUCCAAAGAGAUGAUGAAUGGUUAUGUGUCCUACACCAACAAUGUGCGGGCUUCUCAGUCUCAGUCAGGUGAAAUCACUCGUCAGUCACAGUUCCUGUUACACGUGGGCUGCCGAAUGGAGCCAGACACCUUGGUGCAGAUAUUCUACAUGGCCAAGGAGAUCGUCAAUGCCAACAUCACAGGAACCGGACGCUUCAAUGCCAGCAUAGCCUUCUACACUUCCAGCAGUUUCUACCAGAAAAUUUAUGACUCUCCAUAUGAAGUGAACUUGAAUCAGCUUCUGUAUGUUCAGGUCGAGCUAAAUAGGCCUGACAACAGUCUGGAUCUCUUCCUGGACACCUGUGUAGCGUCUCCAAAUCCUAAUGACUUCAAAGAUCGCUCCUAUGACCUGCUGCGUAACGGAUGUAGCAGAGACAACACAUAUUAUUCCUACACCAGCGGUGAACACUACUAUGCUCAGUUCAGUUUCCGAGCUUUCAAGUUCCUCCGGACUCACGCCUAUGUGUACCUGCAGUGUAAGGUGAUCAUCUGCCCCGGUAACGAUUACAACUCACGUUGCCGGCAAGGUUGCCACUUCCGUCGCAAGAGAUCCCUUGACAGCACCUACCACACCAAUACUGUGACGCUGGGGCCAAUCAAACUCAAAGGACAAAGGCAUGGUAUGAAGGAUUCAGAGACGUCAAAGGAAUGAACUGGAAUGGAUGGCAUGAAGUGAUCAUCUACUUGAUCAUCACCUAAAUCAUUACUAUUAAUCAAUGUUCAUUAACCACCCGGCAAAUUAUUUGAAAAACAAAUUGUAUUUCUGCAAUUCAAUAAAGCAUUUCUAAACAGCA